UUCGAGACCAGGAAACUAUCCAAGACCAGACGUGACAAGGAGAAGCAGAGCUGUAAGAGCUGCGGUGAGACCUUCAACUCCAUCACCAAGAGGAGACAUCACUGCAAGCUGUGUGGGGCGGUCAUCUGUGGGAAAUGCUCCGAGUUCAAGGCCGAGAACAGCAGGCAGAGCCGUGUCUGCAGAGGGUGUUUCCUGACAGAACCUGUCAGCCCCAGCUCUGAUGGUCCCACUGAGCCCAAGCAGAGCACAGAGAAGCCACCCACUGCGGAUUCCCGGCCUAGCCUGCUCUGUGGCCCCCUGCGGCUGUCAAACAAUGGUACAGCCUGGAAUGAGGUGUGGGCUGCCAUCCCUGAAUCAGACCCCCAGGUGCUGGACCUUCAGGGAAGCAACCAGGCUGGUCAGCUGCUAUGCACCAUCCCUCUCCCUGGCUGCACGGUAAGCAUGCUAGACCCGGAGGAGAAGCUAGAGGCAGAGCAUGUGUGGAAGCUUCGGCGGGGCCAGCAGACCUGGUACCUGAGUGCCCCCUCCACGGAGCUAUGGCAGCGUUGGCUGGAGGCUCUGAGUACUGCCACCCACGGGGACACGGCCCAGGACGGCCCAGGAACCCUGCAGCCCCAGGCCCCAGCAGAUACCACCACUCCCUGAGCAGAACUCCCAUGGCGCUUUGCACCGCCAUGUCAGACCUGUACUCAGGGAGGUGACAUGGGAGGCCAUGUGAAGGAAUGAAGGAUUCCUGCGACUGCUGAAUAUAGGCAGAGUUUGGGGGGCAUUUGGCCCUGGAGGGUCCCUCUGCUUUGGAGAGGAGGAAACUGAGGCCUGGAGAGGAGCAGUCACUCAGCAAGUCUUGGGCAAGAGUUCGGCCUCUGUCUUCAGCCCCGGCAGUGUGGCCACAGAAGUGAGCAUCGGCUGCUGCCAAAAUAAAUGUCAUCUGAGCAGGCUGUGUGACGGCACGGGCUCUAAAAGACAGACGCUGGGUGGGUGUUUCAGGGACAGCCACAACUGCCUGGUCGGUAGUCACCCCCUGGGUAGCUGACCCUGGCCUCUGCCCAUGCUGUGUACCUGUGUGAGCUGGACUGUGACUUGUAUUCUGAGCUCCACCUCCCUUCUGUCCUUUCCUGAGGGUCUGCCUCGCAGCCCUGCUGAGUUCCUGUGGAAGGGUCAGUGGGAAGCCUGCCCCAUCCAACCUGGACAGGUGGUUCCUGAACAGCCACACUCAGAAACUCUGCAGGAAGCCUGGACCUUGGCCCUGUGUGGCAGUCAUGUGAGAUUUGCACCCCUUUGCAAGCAUGUGCAGUGCUUGUCUGUGUAAAUAAAGCCCUACUGUCAGCAAGUGGGCUCAGCCUUAGCACCGUCUACCCCACCCUUUGGCAGGUCCUUCACAGGCGUGUGGAAGGUGGGAGCAAGAGUGACAGAGUUGCACAGGCCACACACCUGGCCUGGUGAGCAGUUCUGCAUCCUGGAUCCUCUAGGGGGUGGGCAGGCAGCUGGCCACCCGACAGGGCAACGGUGCCAACACCUGAGGUGCUGGAACAUCAUGAAUGUCAUAGGAUGGGGGUACUGUUUGCACCAGAUCUCUAAGGGCCUCUAGGAGAGGUGGGGGUUUUAGGGACUGAUGAUGGGGGUUCGGCCCAUCCUCUAAUAUCCACAUAGCACUCUAUGAAACACCU